AGCAGACAGUUUAACAAGGACUUCCUGUUACCAACUAGCUCCAGUGGAAACAACCUUCCUUUAAUCUGAAGAAUAGGCAGCUAACAGGCAGAACCGGACUCUCCAGGUGUGAGGUGAUACUCAAGAUUUUCUCUCACAGGCAAGACUCCAACUACGCAGGUGGAAAAGCAACAAAAACAAGCCAAAGGAACAAGACAAAGGAGAAAAGAGAAGAUGAAAGACCGACUUCAAGAACUGAAGCAACGAACAAAGGAAACUGAGCUCUCUAAAGACAAGGAUGUGUUGACUACAGAAGCAGAGGAACAAGGGGUGUUUCUGCAGCAAGCUGUUAUUUAUGAAAGAGAGCCUGUAGCUGAGAGACACCUACAUGAGAUACAAAAACUACAGGAGAGUAUUAACAAUUUGACAGAUAAUGUUCAAAAAUUUGGGCAGCAACAGAAAAGUCUGGUGGCUUCAAUGAGAAGGUUUAGUCUACUUAAGAAAGAGUCUAGCAUUGCAAAAGAGAUAAAAAUCCAAGCAGAACACAUUAACAGAGGUUUGGAUGAUUUAGUAAAAGAAGUUAAAAAGUCAGAGGAUGAAAGCGGUCCAUCAUCAGUGGUCACAAGGAUACUUAAAUUUCAGCAUGCUGCAAUGUUCCGCCAGUUUCAGCAAACUAUGUUUACAUACAAUGACACAAUAGCAGCAAAACAAGAGAAGUGCAGGACAUUUAUUUUCCGUCAGCUUGAAGUUGCUGGAAAAGACCUACCUGAAGAAGAAGUAAAUGAUAUGCUUCAUCAAGGAAAAUGGGAAGUUUUUAAUGAAAGCUUACUCACAGAAAUCAUUAUCACUAAAGCACAACUCUCAGAGAUAGAGCAGAGACACAAAGAACUGGUUAAUCUGGAAAACCAAAUAAAGGAUUUAAGGGAUCUUUUCAUUCAGAUAUCUCUUUUGGUAGAGGAACAGGGAGAAAGUGUCAAUAGUAUCGAAAUGAUAGUGAAUGGCACAAAAGAGUAUGUUAACACUACUAAAGAAAAAUUUGGACUAGCUGUAAAAUACAAAAAAAGAAAUCCUUGCAAGAUAUUGUGCUGUUGGUGUUGUCCAUGCUGUGACUCAAAAUAAAGAAGCUAUUUUAGAAAUUUUUCCAGUGCAAUGAAGGGUGUCCUAUAAUUUACUGUCUCAUAUCACUCUUUUUCAUUUCAUAGAGUCACUCAUAAACUUUCAUCACUACUAAGUUAGAAUUUUCCCCUUUCAUUCUUACCUACUAGAAUGACAGAAAUUUCUCAAGCUAGUAACAUAAAACAAGUCUUCGACUAUUAAACUAAAUAUAGUAUAUUAGCUUCAAACUCAUGGGCUAACUAUUAAAAAUGAGAUGAAUCAUCUUAAGUUUCUAGACAGAUAACAAGCUCUAUCACAUAUUUUUUGUAACUUUUAAUGCCUAAACAAGAUAAAUGUCAAUAAAUGAAAACUACUUAAUCCCUCAGGUUCCUUUAAGAGCAUUCAGGUAGUUAAGAAUUGUAUAAAACAAGACUUCAAGGAGUGCUAUAUUGAAGCAAAAUCAAACUGGAAGCUGUAUAAAACCUUUUAUGUUCAGAUAGGUCAGUUAACUCAGUGGUGAACAAAUCCUAGGAAAACCCAGCUAUUAAUAUGUACUCAAUAAAGAGUCUAGUUGGUAACUAGGAGCUGAUUCUAGCUUAAGGCCUAAAAAGCUAAGUGAAGGCACUGUUUUCCUGCCCUUGGAUCCAUUCAGGACACUGUAUUACAGAUUAAGAAAAUUGGCAAAUAAAUUAAAAAACAAAG